AUUGGGUCAUAUUGGAAAGUGGUUUGCAUAAACAGGAUGUAAUUUAGUUAAUGGUUUCAUGUCUCAACAAAUUGGAAUGUGGGAUUUCUGUACUAAAGAAAAUCUGCUUUAUUAAUCAUAGUAGGAACUGGCAGCGAAAAAUGUUUUUGUUGAGAAUACAGCAGGCUAUGAUUUUACUGUUACUUAAAAAAUUAUAACAAGUACGUUAAAAAAGAUAUCAAUAUGGACAUAUGUGAUAAGGUGUAAAUGUUUUUAAGGGAGGAAGAAUGGAUGGUCAUAGGUGAACGGGGAACGAUGUGAUCCUUAUUGUGAUUGGACUUCUGAUCAACUUUAUAACUUGAAAGUGACAAUGGGGCAUGUGCAAUCAAAGAAGAAAAAAGAGAAAAAGAAACGUCUGAAAAUUGCUCAUCUCUCUGAGAUUAUGCGGAAUCGCGACCGUCGCGAGAACAUUCACAAAGUUGCUGGUCACAGGAUUUAUAGGGACUCCCAGAAUCUUGAUCAACUUUCGAACAGCAGUGGAUACUUCUCUUCAAACGAGGCGUCUCCUAAUGCAGUGGGAAUCGAUGUGGACUGGACUAAAAGACGCGAGGAGGAAGGAUCGUAUGCGACAUACGACAUUGAGUCCAGGAGUGUUUCGACCAUGAGUCCGUUGGAGGAACUGUGCACAUACAAAGGUAUUUCGUUGGACAGUCAUCCUGCUCUGACAAGGCUCCAGAAUGAGCAGAACGCUCGACUGGAGAGCAUGGAAAACCGCAUGAACAGAAUCCGGACUAAUGCCCAGAAAGCGUUCGAGCGGAAAAAGUUUGCUCACUUAUUUCGUGCUAAGAAAGACGAUUCGAAAACUGAUCAGCUUUUGCAAGAAGCUCGGGAGAUUUUGCAACAUAACGUGGAACUUCGGGCAUCUUGUGGUGUUGAGAAUAGUGAGUACUCAGGGGAGAUAAUUCCAGUGAAAAUUGUGGAUGACUCAAGGGAGGCUACGUGUGACACACCAGAUGACAGGAGUUAUCUUCACUUGACAUCAUUUGGAUCUCUUUCAUUCAGUGAGCCUGUGAUGCUGUUUCUUCUACCUUUUCUUCUUCCAUUAUUCAUCAUCGUGGCAGUCAUUCGUGGCAUGGCAGACUCAUUCGGUUGGACACAGACACUUGGGAGGUUAAAAGGUCGACGAAACUCCUGAAAUUUGUAUUAUUGUUACAGGUCUUUUUAUUUUAUUUUUUUUUUUAUUAUUUCAAUAUUAAAGCAUUUUAAUUUCAAGAUUUCUUUGUUAAAUAAUAUUAUUUUUUUUUAAUUUGAUAACGAAAUAGCUGAACAGUGUCUCAAGAUUAUUUGUAUUUUAAUUGUUAUUGUCAUUGAAAUAAAUAUGGUCACAUAGUUACUUUAAGCUUGUUUCCCUUGUGGUUUUUGGACAGAUUUAGAUUACAUUUUAUUAAAAAAAAUAUGUUUGGUAGUAUGACUUUGUUAGUAAGUUAAAAAUAAUCUAAUUUUCUCACUAUAAUUUUGUAAAUGUCUUAUAACAACAUUUUACUUCAAACUGACAAUUCAACAAGAAAUUCUACUUAAACUGCAAAUAAAUUGAGAUUCAUGAAAAUAUUUAUUUGCCAAUUGGCUAGUAAAACAACUAAUUUUUCCAAAAGAGUAAAUUUCUUUUUGUGAUCUUCCUAAUAAAAUUGUUUGAAUAAUGUACAUUCAUUUUGAAAAACUGACUAAUAUAUAAAUACAAAGUUGCAAAGUCAUUUGAUUAACCCUUUUUAUGUUGUAUGCAUUAAAUGUAUUAAUUAUUAAAUUGCAAUCACACAUUUAUAGUUGUAUUGUAAAGUGUAAUCUUAAAAUCUCAACACUCUUUGAUCUGUGAUUGAUUUCUAUAAAUUUAACUCUUAUAACAAUACUCUUGCAUUUAUUUGCUUCAUGUGCAAUAUUUUAUUUGGAUUUGCAUGUACUUGAUUAUUAUGAUGAAUUGUAUAUAACUUACUGUUGAAAUAUUUGUCUUACCAUGUACUUUUUUAUCUACAUUGCAUCACAUUUAGUGAAGUAUAUUAACUUAAUCAUUAUAGAAGGUUUCAUUUGUAAUGUCAUGCAUGAAACUGUCAGUUUUAAGUACUGGUAUUGAACAUGUAGCCCUUUGCAUUUCUGUCUGUUUUUCAAGUUGAAAAAUUAGUGUAAUUGACAGGUACAUUAAUGUUCAAACAGUUAGCAAGAUGUUUCUUAUUUAAAUAGAAAAACGUGUCCUGUAAAGCAGAGAAACCUUUUAAAAAUCUCUACAAAGAUCCAAAUGAAUGCUUUCAGUUAUUCACACUUUUGGAAAAUGGGGCUUAAUGCAUGUGCAUAAAGUUUCCUCUCAGAUUAGCCUGUGCAGACUGCACAGCUAGGCUACUCAGUACCCUGUGCAGACUGCACAGCUAGGCUACUCAGAAAUGCAGACUGCACAGCUAGGCUACUCAGAAAUGCAGACUGCACAGCUAGGCUACUCAGAAAUGCAACUUUUCUAAUAGAUUCUUGUUUAGAAGCAACUUCGAUAAAAAAUACAAUAAAAGAGGACAGUAUGGUCCUUCAGAUAAAUAUGUGCGGACUGCGCAGGCUUAUUUGGGAUGACACCUUGCGCUCAUGCAGUAAGCCUCAUUAUCCAAGAGCAUGAAUCAGAUUCUUUUAAACACAGAUACAAACCCAAUUGUUUAGAUUAUUAUUUCUGCCUAUCAUAACAUUAUAUGAGAAUAUUCAAGACCUGUAUUGCGAAGACAUAAAACCAAUACAGCAUGCAUGUUGCUGUUAAUGUUAGUGAAAUGUACAUUUCUGCCAUUGAAGCUUCUGCAACUGCUUAUGUUUAAAUAUCCAGGGUGUUUGCUUAUAAAUGAGAACAUAUCAUGUCAUAAUGUAAUAACUGGUGAAUAUAUUUAGAUAUGUGUUAGUAUGUUAGAUAUGUACCUCGCAUUGAGAUUGUACUUUAAUAAUUAUUAUCCCCCAAAAUUUAUUUUGGGGGAAGCAUAUAGACGCCGCUUUGUCUGUCCGUCCUUGUGUCCGUCCGUGCGCAAUUUUUGUCCGGGCUAUUUCUCAGCAACUAAUGACCGGAAUUCAAUGAAUCUUUAUGGGAAGCUUCACUACCAAGAGGAGAUGUGCAUAUUAUUAGUAGGUUCUGGUCGGAGGAUUUUUCACAGAGUUAUGGCCCUUUGAAAUUUUCUAUAAAACAAUUCUUGUCCCCCCAACUACUGUGCCCUCAAGACGUUUCCUUUUAUCUGAAUAUAUAGUGCAAUAUUGUGACAAAAAAAAACUUUGGGGAGCAUCACCUGUCUCCGAGGGUUUCUUGUUUUUAAGGCAUUAGCUCUGAAUAAUAUGAUAAUGGAUGACUGUUUGCUGCAAAUGUAUUCAUGAAAUUCAAAGUAUAUUUAAUGGUCCUUGAUUAAUUUCAAAAUGUUUUACAAUUGUUUCUUAUAACAUGAAGAAUCAUUCAAACCGUGUUGUGCGAAUAGGGAAAAAAGUACAUUGUACAUAUCCGAACAGUGUUGUUCCACCUAUGCCCCUGCAUCUUUGUAUUCUAUGAGACGUUAUAAUACCCCACAUUUCACUUUAUGGAGUAAACUGCAUAGUGCACAUGUGUUUUUACGUCUGGAAAAUGGAAGAGGUUUGUGUUCAUGAAAUUCAUUAACACAUUGAUUGUCAAUAUUGGCCAGAAAUUAUGAGUUUUUGUAAGCAAUAUACUAAGUAUAUACUAAGUAUAUACUAAAUAUAAAUAUACUACUGAUUACAGUAAAGGUUGCAUGAUUAAUCGUUUAAGGUGUCACGCUUUUUGGUCAAAUGUCCCUUCAUUUAUAUGGAAUGUCGCAAUUUGAACCAGAAAAAUCCUGGUAUGUAUGAGUUAUAAUAUCUGCUAAUGGGAUUUAGAAAAAACUCGCAUUUCUUUAUAUUGGACAAGGUAUCUUCUGAUCAGAGCUUCACAGGAUGGUCUGGUGUCAUGCUGUCGGCAUAUGGCAUACAUGUACCUCCCAAUUUUGGAUGACGUUGCUCAUUUUAUUUCAUAGAAAUGCAACAACUAUUGUAGUUUUAUUUUUUCACACAACUGUAUGUACAGUUACAUGGUUGUGAAGACAAUGUUCUUGUACAAAUCUCAAUCAUUUAUUAUACCCCCAUUACCAAUGGUAAUAGGGGUUAUAUAGGAGUCACUUUGUCGAUCGGUCUGUGUGUCAUUCUGUCGGUCUGUCCCGAAAGCUUGUCCGGCCAUAAAUAAGUUGUUCAUCGUGAGAUUUUAAAAAAAUCAUUUGGCACAUUUGUUUGCCAUCAUUGGAUGGUAUGUCGCGCGAAUGAAUUACGUCGAUAUCUGAAAGGUCAAGGUCACACUUUGAGUUCAAAGGUCAAAAAUGGCCAUAAAUGAGCUUGUCCUGGCCAAAACUUCGCCAUUUAUUGUGACAUUUUAAAAUCAUUUGGCACAUUUGUUCACCAUAAUUGGACAAUGUGUCAAGCAAAAAAAUUACGUCGGUAUCUCCAAGGUCAAGGUCACACUUUGAGUUCAAAGGUCAAAAAUGGCCAUACAUGAGCUUGUCCGGGCAAUAACUAUGUUGUUCAUCGUGAGAUUUUAAAAUCAUUUGGCACAUUUGUUCACCAUAAUUGGACGGUGUGUCGUGCGAAAGAAUUAGGUCAAUAUCUUGAAGGUCAAGGUCACACUUUGAGUUCAAAGAGCAAAAAUGGCCAUAAAUGAGUUUGUCCAGGCCAUAACUAUGUCGUUCAUUGUGGGAUGUUAAAAUCAUUGGCACAUUUGUUCACCAUCAUUGGACGGUGUGUCGCGCGAAGAAUUACGUUGGUAUCUCCAAGGUCAAGGUCACACUUUGAAUUCAAAGGUAAAAAAUGGCCAUAAAUGAGCUUGUCUAUGCCAUAUUUAUGUCCUUCAUUGUGAGAUUUUAAAAUCAUUUGUUCACCAUCAUUGGAUGGUAUGUCGCACGAAAGAAUUAUGUCGAAUCUCCAAGGUCAAGGUCACACUUUGAGUUCAAAGGUCAAAAAUAGCCAUAAAUGAUAAUGGCAUAAUAAUUCUUAAAAAUCGCCAUGAAUUAGCUUCUUUUGUUUUGUAAAGACAGCAUGCAAAAUAGUCUGUGUCAAUGCAGCAUGUGGGGAUAUACGUCACGUCUGUGACAAAGCUCUAGUUGUUCAUGAUCAGACCAUUAAUUAUAUAUCAACUAGACGAUAUUACCCUUAAUAUGAAAAUAUACAGCAUAUGAAACCAUGAACUGUUCAUAAAGAACUUUUGCAUUUAUAUAAGUUUUUGCUUUUAAUUAAUUGUUGUUUCUGUGCUUUUUAACUGACAAAGGUAUGCACAUGCAUUAUUAUGAAAGUAAUAAAUGCCAAUAUUAUUAAGAAGAAUCUAAUGUACAAUACUUCAUGUCCAACCAAUCAUUCUGGACAAGACCUCAAUUUUGGUCAAUUGAUUGCCGUUAUAUUCUGUAUAAUUUUGUCUUGUUUGUAUAUAAGUUAUUUUGUCAUUAUAUGUAACAAACAUGAUAUUAAUAAAAUGUUAAUGUUGACAA